UGUGAGUCCUCUGGUUGUUGCGUGGGUCUGCAAUGAACUUGACAUGGUCGUCCGGUGUCACCUCCGCCACACCCUUCGCUCCUGCAACCGACAAGGCCCUUCCAAAGACACGGCGUCGUUUUCACGUGGAGUCGUUGAAGCGGAGGGCGAAAGCAGGGAGUGCGGGGCUGGUGAAAGAGCCGAAGAAGGAGUUGUCGCGCAUUCUCCGAACCGAAGCUGCCAUUAGAGGCGUUCAGAACAAGGCCAAGUCCAACUCCCAUAAACAGCUCUGGCCCAAGGCCCUUCUCGAAGCCCUAGAUGACGCCAUCAAACGCCGUCGUUGGCAAUCCGCUCUUGAGAUUUUUGCACUUCUUCGAAAGCAAUGCUGGUAUGAACCACGAUGCCAAACAUAUGCAAAACUGUUGAUGAUGCUUGGCAAGUGCAGACAGCCUGAAGAGGCUUCCCAUCUCUUUGAGAUCAUGUAUUCUGAAGGGCUUAAACCUACUGUUGAUGUCUACACUGCUCUUGUAAGUGCUUACGGUCAUAGUGGUCUCCUUGAUCAGGCACUUUCUACUAUUGAAGAUAUGAAAUCGGUUGUUGACUGCGAACCAGAUAUAUAUACAUAUUCUAUUCUUGUCAGUUGUUGUGCAAAAUUUCGUCGUUUUGAUUUGAUUGAACAUGUCCUUGCGGAGAUGUCAUUUCUGGGCAUCCAAUGUAACUCUGUGACGUAUAAUUCCAUAAUUGAUGGUUAUGGUAAGGCUGGCAUGUUUGAACAGAUGGAUAAUACAUUGAAUGAUAUGAUUGAAAAUGGCAACUGCCACCCAGAUGUUUUCACGCUGAAUUCUUUUGUUGGGGCACUUGGAAAGGAUGGGCAAAUUGAUAAGAUGGAGAAGUGGUAUGAUGAAUUUCAGCUAAUGGGCAUAAAACCAGACUUAACGACAUUCAAUUUGAUGAUAAAGUCCUAUGGCAAAGCUGGCAUGUAUAAGAAGAUGAAGACUGUCAUGGAUUUCAUGGAGAGAAGGUUUUUCACUCCAACAAUUGUCACAUAUAAUACUGUCAUUGAGGUGUUUGGCAAAGCUGGAGAAAUUGAGAAGAUGGAUCAACACUUUCUAAAAAUGAAGCAUCUUGGAGUGAAGCCUAAUUCUAUUACUUAUUGCUCACUUGUCAGUGCAUAUAGCAAAGUUGGACGUAUCGACAAAGUUGAGUCAAUCAUGAGGCAUGUUGAUAAUUCUGAUGUAGUGUUGGAUACUCCCUUCUUUAAUUGCAUAAUUAGCGCCUAUGGGCAGGCUGGUGACCUAAAAAAGAUGAGCGAGUUUUUCAUGGCCAUGAGAGAAAGAAAAUGUGAACCUGAUAGCAUCACUUUCGCUUGCAUGAUCCAGGCAUACAACACCCAAGGGAUGACUAAGGCUGCUCAAAAGUUGGAAAACAUGAUGAUUUCUUCCAAAAAUAACUUGGGCAUUAAGUUGAUUGAAUGCUAGCAUGGAUAUUUGUGAUUCAACACUUUUACUCAGCAUUUUCCAUGGUGAUCCUCGCUCAGAAAGAUUUUAUUUGAGAACUUAAGCAGGUACCGUAAAAGCCAUGCUAUACUGUAUCAACAGGCAAUAAUAUAAUUGCAAAAGGCAUCUUUUGACCAAAGAGGAUGUCCAUCAUUCAAAUGGGAAUCUUUGAUAUGACAUUGAAGUGCACGUAACAUAUGUUGAGUUUAUUUAUCAUGAACUGAAUAGCAUCUUCAAUCAAAUUGGGUGUCCUGCAAACCAUCGAGCCAACAACUCAUUCAACCUAUUGGGUGUUCAUAUUUGUCUAUACAGCUUACUUACCAAUGAAUUGCAGUGUGCCAUAAGGAUGCCAAUACUACGUAAUGAUAAAUACUACCAAUAAACUCAUUUCUCAUUCUCUCU